GAAUAAUUGAAAAAAGUACCUAUAGUGGAUUGGAAACACAUUAUACGGUAUUAGGAGAAACAUUGAAAUUAUUAUGUGAAGGAUCAGCUGAGCCAAAUGAAGCUACAGUAUCCAAAUCCGAAGCAACCGGUAGCAUAAUUAGCAGUUUACUCCCGAAUAAAUUGUUAAAUGGGUACGCUAAUAUCGAUAUUUCAUUUUUAUCGGCUAAAAUUGUAAAAGUUGGAAAUUAUAUAACGAAAACAGCAAAUAAUAGUGAUUAUAUUUAUGAUAAUCCAGCACGGAUAGGUAACGAUGCUCAAACACAAACAUUAAAUUAUUUUAGUGACAAGGAAACUGUUGGUUACUCUGUUGGAUUUGUUAUCAUUUUGCUUUUUAUAUUGCUUUGUUUGCAACUUUUUACUUUUCUGAAGAUCUCAUAUAUUUCGGAUGCUCAUUGCGCUUGUGCCAAUGCAAAUUCCGCUUUCACUAAAGCUAUUCAAGAACAGAAUAAACUACCAAUAAAUGCAAAAAAUCUCGAACAGUUACCAUUAGCAGAGAAAAAUACUGUCUUCAAAGGUGAUUUAUGA